UAUAGUGAGCAUAUGGGUGUUUGCUAACCACCUGUCUGCCUACUAAGGGGACAUCAGUUGGACAGUCGCAGGCAUAGAGGAAGAAGUCUGGAAUGAUUGGGCUGGAUGUCUAUCUGUAUCCAGAUGGUCUUAGGGUUGCUACACCAGAAGAUACAGAGAAGUGGGAAUCCGAGAGAGAAAUGUUUGAACCGAAUAUUCGUCUCUUUGUGGCUCUGUUCUCAUACAACCCUGCGGUGAGGUCACCAAACCCUGAAACAAUGGAGGAGGAACUGUCUUUUGAACAAGGACAGAUCAUUAAAGUAUAUGGAGAUAAAGAUGCUGACGGCUUCUAUAGCGGAGAGACGGAUGGACGCUUCGGUUUUGUGCCGAGCAACAUGGUUUCUGAGAUUCCUGUGGAAGACGGAGAGCUCAAACUCCAUCUGUUCCAGCAGGGGUUUUUACCAGAGGAGACGCCUUCCAUAGCACCCAGCGAAACGUCUAGUGUGCCGGAUGGUGUGAAGGUCCACAGGAUGGUGGCCAUUUUUGAUUAUGACCCAUGGGAAAGUUCUCCAAACAUGGAUAUUGAGGAUGAGCUUCCCUUUCGUGCAGGAGACAUUAUAUAUGUUUUUGGAGAAAUGGACAGUGAUGGAUUUUAUUAUGGAGAUCUACAUGGUUACCGAGGUCUUGUGCCAUCAAACGUUUUGCAAGCCCUGCCUUGGGACUAAAGGAACUGAGCAAUCAGAAAUCAGGAACAGGAGAGUGACCUCAGAUUGUGAAUAGAACCCACUUUACUGAAUCCAACUCCAGCUCCAGGUUUUUUUUUUCAAUUUUAUACAUAUAACGUGUCUUGUUUCCUGUAAUGUGCAUGACGUAUCAUGUCUCUAAAUGCACUUGACCUUUCCACUAUGCUUAGCAUCAAUUGAAUACAUAAAAGGAAAUUAAUUUCUGAUUUAUACAAGAGCUUUAGAUAGCAGCUAGUGCAUUAUAGCCUUAAAAGACUGAUAAUGGUAAUUUAAGAAUUAUUGUUUUAUAUUGUUUUAUGUGUCUUCUUUUCAAUACUGAGCUAUUUAUCUAAUGUCCUCCCUGUGCGCAGCAAAUGCACUGGUGUUAGUUUAACAACAGCACUAUAUGUUUUACACACACUUACGCAGUUCAGCUUCAUUUUAUUACUGUUUCAUGAAUUCAAAGUUGUUUGAUACAAGUUAACAUGCACAUAUAAAGACGAAUGCACUCAAAAACAUUAUUGCAUUACAAUCAGUCUUGAAACACCAUCUUUAUUCAUAUUUAAUAAACAAGACAUUCAGAUUCAGCAUCAUUUGGUUCUCCAUAAGAUCAUCCUUCGCAGCAAACAGUACACUCAUCCAUAAAGUAGGAAACACUACACUGUGUAGAGACCUUUAGUAGUGCUGUCUACUUUAUGAGUGACUGCACUGAUGUUCCCGCCUCUUCUCUUCGAGCUCCAAUCCUUUCUUUGCACGUUUCCUCUUAUCUCCAUGUGCUCCGAAUGUUCGUUUUAC